UAACCUUCACGCAGAUCAAACCCUUUCCUUACCUGUCUCGUUCUUCUCAUUGUAGUCACUGUCAUCGCGGCCAUGUCACAGAAACCACACAACCUCACAGUCCUGAUCUCAGGCAACGGCUCGAACCUCCAAGCCCUCAUCGACGCGUGCGGCACCGCCGAUCUCCCCAACGCGAAGAUCACACACGUCGUCUCAAAUCGCAAAGCAGCAUACGGCCUCCAGCGCGCCUCAAAAGCCGGAAUUCCAACGACCUACCACAACCUCGUCGCGUACAAGAAGCAACACCCCGACACCCCCGAAGGCCUGCUCGAAGCCCGCGCACAGUACGAUGCCGAUCUCGCCCAAAAGAUCCUCGCCCUCGAGCCCCGCUCAGAUCUUAUUGUUUGCGCGGGCUGGAUGCACAUCGUGACGCCGCACUUCCUCAAUCCCAUCGCCGAGGCGGGGAUCAAGAUCAUCAAUCUGCAUCCUGCGCUACCGGGUGAGUUUGCGGGCGCGGGUGCAAUUGAGAGGGCACAUAAGGCGGGGCAGGAAGAGGGGUUGACGAGGACGGGUGUUAUGAUUCAUGAGGUUAUUGCAGAGGUGGAUGCUGGGGCGGCGAUUUGCACAAGGGAGGUGCAAUUGAAAGAUGGAGAGAGUUUAGAGGAGUUGGAGGAGAGAAUGCAUGCCGUCGAACAUGGGCUGAUUGUUGAGGGGACGAGGAGGGCGUUGGAGGGUCUUGGAAGGCAAUGAGGAGGGGCCUUGAGGACAUGAGAGGAAGAAGAGAGCAAAAGAGUUGGAAAGAAAACGAUUUGCUAUGAUGUGAUACCAAAAAACUACGAGGCAUGAAC